AUGUUAGGAAAGAUGAACUGCAGUCAAGAAAUAUGUUAUACUACUAUUACUCACACUAUUACUACUACUACUACUACUACUACUACUACUACCACUACUACUACUACUACUACUACUACUACUACUACUACUACUACUACUACUGUUACUACUCCGAGUACUACUUCAACGUCUCAGAACAUACAAGUCUAG